AUGUUGCAAAGAAUUACGAUAGGUGCUUCACUAUUCAAAUCGAGUAACAGAUUAUUAAUAAGGCAGUUUUCUUUACUAAAUGGUGCACGUAAUUACUUCUUGUCGAAACACGUUCAAGAAGAAGAAGAAGACUUCGAAUUAGAGAAUCCUUAUAUCCAGUAUCCUGUGAUAACCAAAGAUCAAAUGAAGAAGAUAGCUAUAGAUAAAUUCAAAUUUGAAUUUUCUUAUUCUUCUUACAGUUUCCAUUCUACAAGAGCUCAUUCAUCCAUCCAUUCAUUAUCAGAUUUGACUGACCCAACGCAGUUGAAUUCAUUAUUACCAAGAAGAAGACCUCAGGGAUCACCUGCAGACACAUUGUCAAUAAAAGCAGGAGAUGAUGCGAUGCUAGUAUCACCUACCGUUAUUGGUAUAGCUGAUGGUGUUAGUGGUUGGGAGAGUAAAGGUCAACACGGGAAUUCAGGUGUAUGGUCAAGAUCAAUGUUAGAAACUUUGAGUCGUCUUUUAACGGAAUAUAAAAUUUCACACUACCCACAUCAUUUAAAUAAAAGGGAUAUCGAUCAGAUCAUUGACGAUUCAUAUUUACAUACAUCUCAUUUGAUGGACUUGCAAGAUUUAAAUGGUUCUUCGACUUUAAUUUUAUGUAUGAUGAGUGGUGAAGUGUUGAAAAUGAUCAGUAUCGGCGACUCCAAAAUUUUCGUUAUUAGGGACAACAAGAUUGUCAAAACUAAUGAAGAACAGAUGUUAUCUGAGUUAUGCCCAAAACAAAUAGGAACUCAAACUUUAACUCAGUUACCUUCAGAAAUAGCAUGGGUUGAUUCAAUCCAAUUAAAAGAGAAUGAUAUCAUUUUUAUGUGUUCUGAUGGUGUUAGUGAUAAUCUAUAUGAAAGCGAAAUCGUAGAUUAUUUAGAUGAAGCUUUAAAUGAGAAACAAUUAGGAUUAAAGGGAACUGCUAAUUAUCUCAUCGCCAAAGCAAAGGAAGUAGCUUUUGAUGAUUAUGCAUUCACUCCCUAUAAUGAGAAAGUGAAUGCAUUACCAAAGGAGAAGUAUGGCAAUAAAAUUAGCACAGGUGGUAAGCUUGAUGACAUGUCUGUCUGUUUAGCUAAGGUUGUAAUAAACAAAAGCAUAUUAAAAAAAACUCAAGUUUGA